CCCAAUUCCAAGAUGUCCAUGGUGGCUAGUGCAGGUGCGGAUGGGGCAGGCACAGCUGGUGCAAGUGUGGUUCCUGCAGCUGAUAAGUCAAGCACUGAGCCUGGUAUGGAUGAGUCAGCACUAGAUAGCCUAAUAGAUACUCUAGGUGGACCUGAAGAAGAUGUGCCUCCUAGUCCUGUUUACACUGGUCCAGAAGUUACGGAAGAUAUAUCUUCAAGAUACUUGGAAGAAAUGGGUAAACGGGAAGGUAGUCUCCCUCCAGAGUACGUUAAAUUGCUGAAGAGCAAAGGGGAUGGCAAAGAUGGAGUCCCACCAAAAGUAGAUGAAAAGGAUGAAAAGCCGAUGACAGAUGACGAGCUCGCAGAGGCCCUGUCAUCUGACUUUACCUGUAGUGCUGCUGCUGCUGAAGAAAAGAACACAAGUCUGACAGAGAAGCCAAGUAAGGAGGGAGAAAUUGUGCAAGCUCAAGCAGCAAGUUCAGUCAAGACCUCAACUCCUCCUAAGGAGAAGAAAACAAAAUCGAAAGAGGAAAUUGCAGCUGAUGCAGUGGAUGCUCUUCUUGAUACUCUCGGUGGACCUGAACCUGAACCUGAAGAAGAUGUUACUCCUGUUGUAGAGGUGACAGAGGCAAAAGCUAAAGAGAAAAAAGAAGAAAAGGUUGGGGAACGUGAAGAUACGAUACCUCCAGAUUACAGGUUAAAACCGGAGUUGGAUAAAGAUGGAAAACCAAUAUUGCCAAAGCCUGAAGAAAAACCUAAGCUUUUGAGUGAAACCGAUCUUGUUGAUGAGUUUUCCAAAGACUUUGCCUGCCCUGCACAGCCAGUAGUACAAUCCAAACCAUCGAAGCCCAGCAGCACAUCCAAAAAGCCUUCAGAUCCAGCGUCUGCAAAAACUACUGAGGCUGAAGUAGUCCCUCGAGCCGCAGCUUGCACUGUGCAGUCUUCAGCUCCACCAACUGUGUCUUCAGUUGGUCGCGUGUCAGGUGAAGCUCUGGAAGCCUUGUCCAGCAGCCUGGGGAAGAGGGAGCCUGACACCGGUGAAAAGAAACCUGCUGUGGACAAAGUUAAGGAGAAAGCCAAACAGGAACAACGCAAAAAACUGGGUGAAGAUGAAGAAACAAUUCCUCCGGAGUACAGAUUAACGGAAGAAAAAGGUAAAGAUGGAAAACCCCUCUUACCAAAGCCAGAAGAAAAGCCCCAGCCUAUGAGUGAAAAAGAUCUUUUAGAGGGUUUAACAGAGGGAUUUUCCUGUUCUCCAUCACCAUCUGGACCAACAGCUGUAAUAAAGAAAACAAAAAAGGAGGGUGGAAAGCCCACUGAGUCCUCGGACGUUAUCUCUGCUGCUACAGUUUCUUCAGUGCACUCUGCAGCUCCUCGAGCUUCUACCUCAGGAGGAAAAGAGAUGGAUGACGCCUUGAAUCUCCUGUCCGAUUCCCUGGGACAGAGGGAACCCGACCCUGAUGAGAACAAACCAGUUGUGGAUAAAGUAAAGGAAAAAGCUAAAUCUGAACACAAAGACAAACUUGGAGAAAGAGAUGAUACUCUCCCACCUGACUAUCAAAAACUUCUGGAGUCGGGUGAGCAGGGCAAACCAGUAAAGCCAGGAGCAAAGGAUGAUGUGAAACGCAAGGAAUGGAAGAAGCCUACAGAUGACUCCGCAGCUAUUGAUGCCCUGUCAGGUGACUUCGACACUUGUGCGAAGGCUCCUGCCACACCAAAGCAGUCACAGUGUAGGACAAAAGCGGAAAGGACGCGAUCACCACAAAAGAAACACCAAAGGCUAAAGGAAAACGCAAAGACCCUAAAACGCCAGUGGGACAGUCCUCCAGCAGCAAACCUGAGAAGCAGAAAACAAGCUAAACAUUAA